AUAUUUUUUACACAGGAUGACCUAAAUGCGAUUUACUAAAUAUUACAUUUAUGAAAUAAUAAUCUCCCUCUGUGCCAGUCCCAUAAUGUACAUGCAUAAGUAAUGAUAUUCCAAUAAUACAAAAUUAAGUUCAUUAUUAUAAAAUGGGCCAUUCUGCAUAUUUUAAUGUUAAUUCUUAGUAAUUUUCUUCAGUAGAAUUUGGUGUGAAUGUAACAGUAGCAAUGCUGCGGUACUGCUAUGUUAAAAUUGUAUCAUUGUCAAGACUUGAUUCGUUUUUGUGAGUGCCAAACCAUUAUACCUGGAACAAUAAGUCUGUGCGAAGAUGGCACCGAGCCACCAGGACAUUUCCUCAUCUGUAUCCUUGCGUUGAACAAAACAACCUGAAACUCAGAGGGGAUCCCCAGUUUCCUUCGCUGGUUCCUGAACAGAUGUUAACACAUGGGGUGCUCAGCAGGAAACGGUUUGAGUCAAGUUCUUCAGUCAGGAGUUUCCUCUUUUCCUGGAUGCCACAAGCAGGAUUUUGCAGUUUCCUCCCUCCAGUGAACAAAGCAGAUUUGUGUGCAGAGCAGCCACACAACAACAGAAGCAGUAAUCCUCUGAAAUGGCUGUCAGUUUAAUCACCGAGGAGCCGGGAGUGGACUUAUGCAUGCUUAAGAUUAAUAUGAACUAUGAAGUCAUGUCGUAUGUUGUCUGCUCCGUUUGCCUUUCAUUCGGCCUCAUCUACUGCUUUCUGGGGUACCGCUGCUUUAAGAUGGUCAUGUUUUUUUCUGGCUUCAUGUUUGGCACGAUAGCCAUACUUCUGUUGUACCACAAGGAGCCUCUGUUGGACGUCCAGCUGGGGAUAGAGAGCAAGGCGGGGAUUUGCCUUGGUGUGGGCGUUCUCUGCGGCCUGAUGACAACGUUGUUGUCAACACUGGGACUCUUCCUCAGCGGCCUACAGCUAGGGACCCUGCUCACUCUCAUCACCCUGGUGGUUAUCGAACAGUUUUACAGCCUCACUCCUGCAUGGGUGCCUCUCACCAGCAUCCUGGUCGUCAGCAUCACCACUGCUGUGUUCAUGCUUAAGUGGCAGAAAAUGUUCAGCAUCUUCUACACGUCUGUGUUGGGAGCCACCACUGUGAUACUGGGUGUGGAUUACCUGGUGGGGACGUUUAUGUUGCCUAAUCAGGUUUAUGAUCUGCUUCGUCAAGUCGUCCCAGACCCACUGUGUUGGUUUGACUGGGUGAUCAUCGCAAUUUGUCCUGUGUUGAGUCUUUUGGGUGUUUUAGUGCAGUGGAAAUUUACUGCCAAAGGAGUAUCACACAGAGCAGCUACAUAUGAAAAACAGAAGAAACACGCCAACAAGCAGAGAUACAGAGAGUGUAGGAGACGACCUCAAUCCCACCGGAGGAGGAGGAGGGGGCCUCCGCCCCUGAAACGCUAUGCAGGAGAUGUCUUGGCACCGAGUUACAUCCAGAGCCUUCAGGAGCGUCAGAUGGGAACAGGCUCCUCCGGCAGCAGCGUCAGCACUAUCACACACACUCUAAUUGACUUUGACUUUGAGACGGGCUCCAUGGUGCCUCUGACUGCCGCCUCCUCAGGUUUUACAGUCUGAAAGAAUCAAAUCUGCAUCAAAUAUUUGUACAUACACACACCGAGUGAGGAGUGAUGAAUCCAUUAUGUUAAACCUGGAUCUGUGAGCUGUUCACAUCCGGAAACAAGGCAAUCAUCUUGACUGCUGCCAUGAAACUAAUACAGCCUGCUUCAUCAGAUAAUCAUCACUGUGUGAUUUAAGGUGAUCGUCCUCCAUAAUGACGAGACGCUCGGAGAUGAUCAACUCCUGCGACGUCCACGGUGAGCAAAUUCAUCUCAUCACAAAGUCCGUGGAGCAGUUUUUCUUCACAGACACAUUUCAUUUUUAUCACUACACUUCUUUCAUUCUUGGAAACUGUUCGACCCAUUGGAUGCAAACAUAGAAAACAAAACUGUCGAGACAGUGAAAUGAAACGUCUAUAAAAUACAAACUAACACCAGCACAUGCUGUGAAAUUAAGGAUGGACAAUAAACCACCACAGCUGCAGCAUGGCUCGUAAACAGGAGUAAGGACUUAUUUUACAUUUCUGUUAAAGUUAUUUAUGAAAUUACAACUCUGGGCAAUUAAAUGACAAUGGUGAAUAUUAUCUAAUAAUUGCUGACAGUGACAGUUUUUUUUAUAGGAUGUAGAAUGUAAUAUUCUAUCUUUAAAAAGAUACUACAUUUGUUUCAAAUGUCACUUUUUAAUUAUCUAUUCAGUUAUAGCGGACACAGAACAGCAUAUCAUGUACAUAUCAUUCAUAUUAUGCCUUUUAUUGCUUACUUAAGUUAAAUAAAGACCAUUAAAAUUUACAGAAAAGUUAGUUCAUAUUGGAGGCUACAUUUGAACUAAUUCAGCACAGUCCAUUUUUCACAUGUAACAAAUAUCAAAUAUUCAGAAUCAGAGCUUAUUGUACAUGAACUGCAGAUACUGUUACUCGGCUAGUUUGUCUGGUGUUGUUUAAUCAUCAUUAUGAUUGAAGAUUAUGAUUAUGAUUGAAGAACUCUUUGAUUCAUGUGAAUGACUGGCUCUUAUUUAAAUUAUUUCUUCUUUUUUAGAAAAGUAGAAAAUGUAAAUAAGUGGAUAAAACAUUCUGGUGGUAAAUACUGACAUUUAACUGUCAUUUACCUACAAUUUGAGGUUGUCGACCUGUCUCAAGUGUCACUGUCAAAUUAACAAAAUCCCAUCAAAUAAUGAGAAUAGCAUGACUCGGCUAGAAAAACAUCAAACCAAAGCAAUACAAGCUUUCUGUUGUCUACUUCUCUACCUUUUCUCUCGACGUCACUGCUUUAAGAGGCGACCAUUAUCAGUGGAUAACAACAUCCAGUCUCACUGAAUCACACAACAAGGUCUUUGUCUUGUUCCUCUUUCGAGUAACUUCAUAUCGUUGCAACAAAAAAAAUAAACAUAACACUAUGGAA